UUCGGCGCAUGCGAGAUUAAGUGUUCGGUCAACACCUUGUAUAAAACAAAAUCCCCCUUCUAGUUACUAAACACUCGGGCCUUCAACGCAGUAUUGGGUACCUAAGGAACCCCACUGAUGAUUAACGGGACCUAGGGGCAUCUGAGUGGAUCUCCCCUUGGCUUAUUUUCUGACUCAUUUGUGUGGUUCUGCGUUUGCGACACAACAUACACCACCACGGAUAUAGAGUACACAAUUUCACUUCAGUUGUGAAGUAAAGCGGGACAUAGACGAGUACAGUACUCUCUCUGGACAGUAUUUCCCCCACUCUUGCCUUCCCCUGCUUCCCCCCUCCUCCUCCCAUCCCUAUUUCAACCCUCCCACACAGAUGCACCCUGCUGUUCAGCUCGCCAGGAGCGAUGGGAUGUGUCAGAUAGUAGAUGACUCAUCCCUGGACUACAUAAAGGAGUUGAAGAAGUCGGAACUGUUUUUAUCAGAGAAAGAUAAAGGAGAAACUGAGAAAGCAAGGAAGAAAAAAGAGUGUCAGCGAGAUAUGGGUGUGGGGAAGAAUACCACGUCUAAGUCGAUGGAUGGAGGAGGAGAUGGGGGGAUGUAUGAAGAGGAGAGCAAGCAUGGAGCGGACUUCUACCCCAUCCCAGUGGUUAUUAACGGUGUGGCCCAGCCCAGCAGUGACCAGGAUACUGAGGACACAGAGCUGAUGGCCAUCUACACCAAAGAGAACCAGGGAGCUGAAAAGAGAUCCAUGUCAGAGACUUUGGACAGUGUUGACAGUGUAGAUGCCAGGAGGAUGGACAUGAUCUACACUAUUGAAGACACGCCUCCCUGGUACUUGUGUGUUUUCCUUGGCCUACAGCACUACCUAACGUGUUUCAGUGGGACCAUAGCUGUGCCCUUCCUGCUGGCUGAGGCCAUGUGUGUGGGCUUCGAUCAGUGGGCCACCAGCCAACUCAUAGGGACCAUCUUCUUCUGCGUAGGAAUCACCACUCUGCUGCAGACCACACUGGGCUGCAGGUUGCCCCUGUUCCAGGCCAGUGCGUUUGCUUUUCUCGCCCCAGCCAAAGCCAUUCUGUCUCUGGAGAAGUGGAAGUGCAACACUACAGUGGUCCCCAUGCUGAACAGCACAGAGCUUCUAAACACCGAAGAAAUCUGGCACCCCCGGAUACGAGAGAUCCAGGGGGCCAUCAUUGUGUCCUCCCUGAUAGAGGUAUGCAUAGGCGCACUGGGGCUCCCAGGGUUGCUGCUACAGUACAUCGGGCCCCUGACCAUCACUCCCACCGUGGCCCUCAUCGGGCUCUCUGGCUUCCAGCCUGCAGGGGAGCGCGCCGGCAAGCACUGGGGCAUCGCAAUGAUGACCAUCUUCUUGGUGCUACUGUUCUCCCAAUAUGCCAGGAAUGUGCAGUUCCCUGUGCCUGUGUAUAAGGCUAAGAAAGGCUGGACCUCCUAUAGGCUGCAGCUGUUCAAGAUGUUCCCCAUCAUCAUGGCCAUCCUGGUGUCGUGGCUGAUCUGCUUCAUCUUCACGGUGACGGAUGUGUUUCCUCCAGAGAAGGACCAGUAUGGCUUCUACGCCCGGACCGAUGCCCGCCAGGGCAUUUUGGCUGCAGCUCCCUGGUUCAAGAUCCCCUAUCCCUUCCAGUGGGGUGUUCCCACAGUGACUGCAGCAGGCGUGAUUGGGAUGCUAAGUGCCGUGGUUGCCAGCAUCAUCGAGUCCAUUGGCGACUACUAUGCUUGUGCUCGCCUCUCCUGUGCUCCUCCGCCCCCUAUUCACGCCAUCAACAGGGGUAUAUUUGUUGAAGGUGUGUCCUGUGUGCUAGAUGGACUGUUUGGAACAGGAAAUGGCUCCACCUCUUCCAGUCCAAAUAUAGGUGUGCUCGGCAUCACCAAGGUGGGAAGCCGAAGGGUGAUUCAGUACGGAGCAGCUAUGAUGCUGCUGCUGGGGCUUGUGGGUAAAUUCAGCGCACUCUUCGCUUCGCUGCCUGACCCUAUACUUGGGGCACUAUUUUGCACCCUGUUUGGCAUGAUCACUGCUGUGGGGCUGUCCAACCUGCAGUUUGUGGACCUCAACUCCUCUAGGAACCUGUUUGUUCUGGGCUUCUCCAUCUUUUUUGGUCUGGUGCUACCUAGCUACCUCAAACAGAACCCUUUGGUCACUGGCAUUGUGGAGGUGGACCAGGUGCUGAAUGUUCUCCUGACCACAGCCAUGUUUGUGGGUGGAUCUGUGGCAUUUGUGCUGGACAACACCAUCCCUGGUACUCUGGAGGAGCGAGGCAUAAGGAAGCUGAAGCAAGGGUCACGGCCCAGUGCUGCAGAGCUGGAGGGCAUGAGAUCCUAUGACCUCCCAUUCGGCAUGGACUUCCUCCGCCGUCACACCAUCUUCCAGUACCUGCCCAUUAGCCCCACCUUUACUGGCUAUCGCUGGGGGAUACCGCAGGGAACCUGUCAAGGCCAGGGGGACCGGGGUGGGCGGGGGGAGGCAGGCAAGGCGGGAGAGAUAGGGGGUGACGUAGGCCUAGCAUCUGGGGAAAGUGGGGUGUAGCAUUACAGGUUAAAGAUGGGCAGAUCUAUAAAGGAUUGGAAGAGAAAGGCAGGGGUAGAGGAGGGGAUGCACACAGUUGUUAGUUGCCUGCAGGACAGACACAGAUUAAUUGAAACAAUUUAAUUCCGCAAAAGGUUCAAAGCCAAAUUAUGAAAAUGCUCAAUAUCAGACAUUGCCAGUCAGUUCGCUAUCUUUCCUAUCCUAGCUGUGUCAUGGGCUUUAUUGGAUUUAUUUGGUGUUUGGUAUUUUUUAUGAUUUUGCAAAACCUCACUUUAUUGGUUGAUUUGUCAAUAUCGGCAGUCUUCACAUAUAAUCAUAUUUGAAUGCAAACAUGUCUCUGUUACGCACACACAUAGUUCCAGACACUGGUAAAUGUGCAAAUAGAAGUGAACUGGCUUCAUCAAGUAGCUACAGAAAAUGUUAUUUGCUCUUGGGUAAACCUUGGUCAUGCAAAGUGAUGUUUCUUUUGUCAAAGUUAGUCACACAUAGAUGUUGCCCCAAAACAUGGUUCUCAGUUCAACUACAAAACUACACAAAUUAUUUUAUAACUAGACCAACAGAUUAUCUUCAUCAAAACCACUUGGGCACAGAGAGAAGGCUGAUAGUGUCCCUUAAAUCCUCAAGACGGAGAUUAUUCUAAUUAACAUGGUAUCAGCCAGUGAUAUAGAUUUAUAUUAGUUUUGUAUUUUAUAAAUCCAGUCAAACUACAGAAGCAGAUAACUAGAUUGUUUCCAUAGAUCCAACAAAGGAUGUGUGUUGAAGACAGAUAAUCAUCUUGAUACACUACCCUUACCAUAUCACACACCUGGAGACAUGGCACAUUAACAAAUGUUAUCAUCAAUGAUAAUGAACCUUAAUUCCUCCACUUAACUUUCAUCUCUAACUCCAUCAGACAUGCCUCAUUGUCCUGAUGGAGAGCCAGCAUCGCUUUAGACAUACACUUGUUUUGCUUAAUAUGCAACUGAGUUAUUUUAAAUUAUAUUCUAAGAACCUGGAGUGUUCAGAUCACGUUGAUUUGUGCUUCAAAGUGAUUCUGUAGGCAUAUAUAAGUUGAAUGUGCAGUAUAACUACUAGGAAUACCUGACUUGGACCAGCACCCCAACUGUGGAUGCUUUGAAAUAUUUUGCACCUAGAUGUCUAAAUGAAAGAGACAACCAGAGAAAGUGAGAGAUAAAGAGAUGCAAGGAGAGAGACAGAGAAAUAUAGGGCAAGAGGUAAAUAGAGGAGUGAAUUUUAAAGGUCCUGUCAUGGUCCAACCCAUGGAAUUACAAACUAUAGGUUUCUGUACUCUCUGUCCCAUACUGCCUGUUGCACUCUGAUGAUGCUGUCAGCUUUAUCUACUGGUUCUAGCUCUGUUCCAAAGCUUGUGCUCCCAACGUACACCUGCAACACUAUCCCCAGGGACACUACUCCCACAUUGGUCUGCUCACUCCCCAGAAUUUCUGUUGGGAUGCAGCCCUUAGCCUAUAUGUCAGGUCUAUUUUAGGUCGACAUGUGAGGUCUUUGUUAGUCUAUGCUCGUCUCCAUAUGACGAAUAUAGCAGAGCUACACAUACUGUACAAGUUCUUGUUCUGCUGAUCAAAUAGUUGCUUUGGUAACAUUGAAAAACAUCUUUUAUAAUUGUGACUGAUGUCUUUGUUCAUAUUGUUGCCAAUAUUUACUUAUUAAACAACUGUGUGUAGAUGUUGACAUCUCCUCCUGAACCUUCACCUCCCUCUUCUCCCCUUUGUUCCCCCUCCUCCUGCAUCAUUAUGUAUGAUGUAGGGUAGUACAGCAGAGUAAUUUCAGAUGGUGCAGGGUCUAAUGUGGUCUUUGUCUCAUACUAGAGUGCACAUCUACACGGUUUACUUGCCCAUUUCCCUCCUGACGGAUAGACCAACGAGAGAGAGGCAGACAGCAGACUAGCGACAGAACUUAGACAUGUGUAGGAGGGUACUUCUUGAGCUGAAGUCCUUUUGUAAACAUACUUAUUAACUCUGCCAUUUGUUUGACGUCAUCCUUGGUAAUGCAACAAGCAAAUCUUUUUCCACUAAAUACUUCCUACCCCACUCUCUUCCUCUCUCCUUCACUCAUGCAGUAAAGAUAGGUGUCUGCUGCUGAUUGUUCUGGUGUAUCUAUAGAAAUCUUGGAUGAACAGGUACUGGUUGGCUACCUAUUUCAGACCCUGUAUUUCGGUGGCAAGUUGAAUGAAGUUUACAUCAAGAUGGUGAUCCUCACUGGGAUGUGGAUCCUGCACUAGUGUUUUAUCUGAAUCCGAGAAAAUAAAUUUGAUCCAUGUCUCGGCAUGGUCUGUAAAUUAGCCCGUAACCCUAAAAGACAGGCCUUGAGAACAUGGCUAUAUGGUGUUUUACAGAAAUAAACCAAUCCCUUUCAGUUAUUUUGAAGGGGAAGCUACCUAAAGAAUAUACAUUUGUCUAUUGCAAGUUCUAUGUUUUCAAUUUUGUUUUGUUUUUAUACAUUAUUUUUAAUGUCUUUACAGACAAAUGUUUGUAAUAAAUAAAUAAUGGGUAUUAAUCUUAAAACAUUAUGCUACGAUGCACAUUUUUUUGUUACAUUAUUAUUUAAGAUUUCAAAAGGUAAUAAAAUAAAAUGUUGUUUCUAUUUCAAA